GAAGCUCGGCUCUGCUAACAAAUUUUCCAACAGUAUUACCAAAGAAAGCUGGAAGACUUAAGGUGUUCAAAAUGUCCAUCGCCCAGGCGGCGGCCAAGGCCAUGCUAUCUGAUGCCCUGCUGCAGGACAACUCCGGGAUAAACCGGAUCAACCACCUGGAGCUGGAGCUUCCUCUGGACAAGGUCAUCAAGUAUGUGUCUGUCGGCCUUCCCCUCAUGCUGGUGUGCAUGGCCUUCGCCCGUGAGAUCUCCCUGGGGCCCCAGAUCAGCUGUUUCCCUCCCAACAAUUUCAGCAUAAAGCAGGCCAGCUAUGUGGACACAUACUGUUGGGACUCUCUCAUGCAUCAUGAGUUUGACAGCGAUGGGAACUUUGAGGAGCGCUCGCUCUGGGUACACAAAAUGUUCCCUUACUCUCUUCUGGCCAUGGCGGUGUUGAUGUACCUGCCGGCUCUGAUCUGGCGCCAGCUCGUCAUGCCCACGCUGAGCUCAGACCUGCUCUUCAUAAUUGACGAACUGGACAAGUCGUACAACCGCUCGAUCCGACUGGCCCAAAAUAUUCUGGAUAUGCGCCAGAACACUAAGAACCCCCUCACAUUUCAGGCUGAACUGCAACGGGCCAAGAAGAAGCGAUACUUUGAGUACCCUCUACUGGAGAGAUACAUGCAGUGCAAACAAAACUCCUACUUCCUUGUUAGCAUGCUUUUCUUGCGGGGCUUCCUGCUCCUGACCUUCAUGACUGCAGCCUGUCUCUACCUGGCCUACUUCCACCUCUCUGCCUUCCUGCAGGACGAGUUCAGCUGCUUUGUCCGCACGGGCAUGCUGCGUGAUCAGAAUUGGGUUCCUGAACUGGUUCAGUGUAAAAUGAUUGGCCAGUUGGUUUUUCAGGUGAUAAGCGUGGCUAACGGUGCCAUCUACGUCCUGCUGGCUCCCAUUGUCCUCUUUAGUCUGAUCCGGCUCUUCGUUUGGGACACCACCUUCAUCUCUGUCUAUGAGGUCCUCCCAGCCCUGGAUCUCAUCAACCACCGUCGGCUAGGCUGCCCGUUGAAUGACCUCAACGUCCUCCUGCUUUUUUUGCGUGCCAACGUAGCACACCUGAAAUCUUACGGGCAGGUAAGGGCGGUUUGCUCGCUUGCGCCACCACAGGUGGGCAACGCCACUGCAGGGCAAGGAUUGAACGCAAUGCUGACCCAAGAGGAGAUUGAAGAGCGUGAAGAGGCUGCAAUGGAACUGGCAGAAGAGGUGGAGGAGGCCAAGGAGGAAGGGAAGCUCAACCUAGUGGAUAUCAUGACUAUUCUGGGAGCGGCACAGGGAAGAGUGGUAAACUGCAGCGAGAAGAGGCCUCUGGUGGAGCAGAAUAUGAGUCUUGAGCCAAACCACCAGGGGUACCAUGAGUUGAAGGAGACUGCACCAUUUAGUCAUUACUAGGCCUCCUAUGGACUGAAUCAAUGUGAUAACAAUGGGGGGGGGGGGGGGGGGGGUUGGGGCACUCUCUACAGUAGAUUUUCAAGAGUACUGUAGUACUGUACCCACAAAGGCUGUGGACACCAAUCAAGGGUUUCUGCAGUCAGGACCAUAAAAAAAAACUCUUUCAGAAUUACAGAGCAAAUUGUUCUGAGUAGAAAUGUCACUGGAAUGAAAGUUCUCCAAUUUCAGCAUCUGUGCAGUGUCCACAUACACUCUAUCUGACUCAUAGUUUGGUCCCAUGUAUUUUAUGUUACGAAGCCAGUGAUGGCUAGUAGUCAAUGGAGAGCAGGCAAGUGAAAGUGCCUGUUGUAAUUAUGGCGCAAGAACCCAAAGCAUAGCUUUGCCAAUAUAGCAAGAAAAAUAUGUGUCAUCAUGAUUUGGUUACAUGUUAGAUGGUGCGUUUAUGAGAAACAGGAGUUGUGAGAGUAUACAGUAUGUAUUUCAAGCGACAGAAAUACAUUUUCAGUGUACAGAUUCCAGGGUCAGUCAUUUUCUGUUCAUGAACUUAAUAAGAGGUAAGGAAUAGAAUAUUGUAUAUGUUGUACUCGCUUUCUUUUUUACAUCCUUCUAUUGUUAUUUACUUUAUCGGCAAAUAAAAUGGGUGUUGUCUUUCUGUGAAUUAAAAACUGUAUUCUGUGUAAUUCUAAAUAAAUGAACUUUAUAAUUA